UGUGUUGAUUUUUUUUUUCCAAUCAUUAUUUUAUUUAUUUUUAUAUAUAUUUUUUAAAACUAGUAAGGUUCAUGUGUCGGAGAAGUCUUUUCUCUCAGCACCAAAAUGCCUGUGAGACGCGGUCAUGUUGCGCUCCAGAACACCUACCUGGACACCAUCAUCAGGAAAUUCGACGAGCAAAAUCGCAAGUUCCUGAUCGCCAACGCCCAGAUGAAGAGCUGUGGCAUCAUCUACUGCAACGAAGGCUUUUGCCAGAUGUUUGGUUUCACGAGGGCGGAGAUUAUGCAACAGCCCUGUACCUGCCAGUUCCUGGUGGGGCCUGGCACCAUGAAGAGCGCCCUGGCCCAGCUGGCACAGGCUCUGCUCGGCUCUGAGGAGCGUAAGGUGGAGAUCCUCUACUACGCCAAGGAAGGGACCUGCAGACCCUGCCUGGUGGACAUUGUCCCCGUUAAAAAUGAAGAAGGUCACGUCAUCAUGUUCAUCCUCGACUUCCAGGAGCUUAUUGAUCCUUCCUCCAAGAAGUCAGGGCUCAGGCAGAGAGUCGCCCAAGGAUGGAUUUACUGUCAGAAUCGCAGGCUGAAGAUGAGGCUGCCGGUGCUGAGGUCCAUGAGACGACCUUCACUCUCCAAAGAUCAGUUUGAAGGGGUGGUUGUGGACUAUCUGCAGCCGAAUAGCGAAGAAGUCCCGCUGAAAGAAUUUCGUAUCCCGUCCAAGGAGAGCUGCAUGCAGUCAGAGACGGAGGCCCUGAUAGAACAGGACCUGGAUCCUCCCUCCCCUGCGGCCCAGUCCUCCACCAAGCGGCGCUCUCUGCUGACGGACCGGCUGGACCCCAGCAUCGCCUUCCCACGGGGGACGUUACCUCGGAGUUGUUCCCGGGACAGCGUACGCAGCCUCCGACGCGCCUCGUCACUGGACGACAUCGAUGGAAUGAGGGCUGAAUGGAGCAGUCGACCCGGAGACCCCCGAAACAACAGCAAUCUGAAGCCCAGCGCUCUGAACUCCACGUCGGACUCGGACCUGAUGAGACACAGAACCAUCGGCCGCAUCCCUCAGGUUACCCUCACCUUCGGCUCGGACCGGAUGAGACCCCCUUCGCCCACCGAGAUAGAAAUCAUCGCGCCCAGCAAGAUUAAAGACCGAACCCAGAACGUCACAGAGAAGGUCACUCAGGUCACACAGAUCUGUGAUCUCAUCUCAUCUGUGUUGUCUCUUGGUGCUGACGUGUUGCCGGAGUACAAGCUACAGGCCCCACGUAUCCACAGAUGGACCAUCCUUCACUACAGCCCCUUCAAGGCGGUAUGGGACUGGGUCAUCCUGCUGCUGGUCAUCUACACGGCCAUCUUCACGCCGUACUCGGCCGCUUUCCUUCUCAACGAAGUGGAGGAAGACCGGAGGAGAACUUGCGGCUACACCUGCAACCCCCUCAACGUGGUAGACCUGGUGGUGGACGUCAUGUUCAUCGUGGACAUCCUGAUCAACUUCAGGACCACCUACGUCAACCACAACGACGAGGUGGUCAGCCACCCAGGACGCAUCGCACAGCACUACUUCAAGGGCUGGUUCCUCAUCGACAUUGUGGCCGCCAUUCCCUUCGAUCUGCUCAUAUUCCGCUCCGGGUCUGAGGAGCCACAGACCACCACUCUGAUUGGAUUACUAAAAACAGCCAGACUCCUGAGGUUGGUGCGAGUAGCCAGGAAGUUGGACCGUUACUCAGAAUACGGAGCCGCUGUCCUUUUCCUCCUCAUGUGCACCUUUGCUCUCAUCGCUCACUGGCUGGCCUGCAUCUGGUACGCCAUCGGCAACGUGGAGCGCACCAGCUCCGCGCGCAUCGGAGCCCUGAAGAUCGGCUGGCUGGACAACCUGGCUGACCAGAUUGGUAAACAGUACAACGACAGCGACAUAACCUCGGGCCCCUCCAUCAAGGACAAAUACGUUACAGCCCUGUAUUUCACCUUCAGCAGCCUGACCAGUGUGGGCUUUGGCAACGUCUCACCCAACACCAACCCGGAGAAGAUCUUCUCCAUCUGUGUCAUGCUCAUUGGCUCUCUGAUGUACGCCAGUAUCUUUGGGAACGUGUCGGCCAUCAUUCAGAGACUGUACUCAGGAACGGCUCGAUAUCACACCCAGAUGCUGCGGGUCAAAGAGUUCAUCCGUUUCCAUCAGAUCCCAGGAGGCCUUAGACAGAGGCUGGAGGAGUACUUCCAACACGCCUGGUCCUACACCAACGGCAUCGACAUGAACGCCGUUUUAAAGGGUUUCCCCGAGUGUCUGCAGGCUGACAUCUGCCUCCAUUUGAACCGCAGCUUGCUGCAGAACUGCAAAGCCUUCCGAGGUGCCAACAAAGGGUGCCUGCGUGCUCUGGCCAUGCGAUUCAGGACCACCCACGCUCCGCCAGGUGACACCCUGGUCCACAGCGGGGACAUCCUCACCGCCCUCUACUUCAUCUCCAGAGGCUCUAUAGAGAUCCUCAAGGAUGACGUGGUGGUGGCCAUACUGGGAAAGAACGACAUCUUUGGCGAACCCAUCAGUCUGUACGGGAGGCCCGGGAAAUCCAGCGCCGACGUCAGAGCUUUGACCUACUGCGACCUUCACAAGAUCCUGAGGGACGACCUGCUGGAAGUGCUGGAUAUGUAUCCCGACUUUGCCGAAAUGUUCUGGAACAACUUGGAGAUCACCUUCAACUUGAGAGAUGCAGAUAGAGUAAACCAGCCAACCCCGGGCAGGGACUCUGAAUGUGGCUACCGCAGGAAGAGACACCGGAGACGCUCCCUGCGUCGUCGCAACCGGCCAGACGGCAUGGACCGUGACGACUCUUACCCCGAUCAGUCCUGUCCGAUGGCAAACCACCACCGGGACACGAUAGCGGGAUCGCACUGGGAAGACCUCUGCAGCAGCGCUAGUAUCUGUUCACAGUCUAGUGAUGAGGAGAUGAAGCCCGUAGGACACAGCAAAGGGGAGCUGUACCCACCCGGGGGAGACACCAGAGACUAUCCACCAGCAGUGGUCAACCUCCUGCCUCACAGCGGACCCUCAGCUGGGAUGGGACCUCCUGUAGACCUCGGAGGUCCACCGUACUCAGCAGCCGCACCUAUCAGCAUGUCAGGCCUGUAUGGCUACUGGCCGGACCGCAGAUCCAGCCAGUUCUCAGACAACCAGAGACGACCGUCCUCAGUCAGGGCCAGUUUCCAUCCUCCGACCUGCGCCGAGGACCGGCCCAGUGAACUGGAAUCCAGACUGGAGCUGCUGCAGUCCCAGUUAAACCGGCUGGAGACCCGAAUGACAGCAGACAUCAACGUGAUCCUGCAGCUGCUCCAGAGGCAGAUGGCUCCAGUGCCUCCUGCCUACAGCGCUGUGUCACCCAGUCCUCACCCGCCUCACCCCACCGCCCUGUACAGUACAGGAGCACCCACAAUCCACACCGUCCCCCCAAUCCAGCCAGUACAGAUCGACAGCACUGCCUCACUGCUACAGAGUCCAGACUCUGAUUUCAAGCACAAAUCCAAGGACUCCCUGUCCAGCGGGAUCCAUCUCACUGUGGCCUCCGACGACACCAUGUCCAUGUCGCCGGAGGCCGACCAACCACAUCGGCCCUCUGUGGACCUCAUGCCUCCUCAACUGUCGUGCUCAGGGGCCCAAGAGCCCCCUGGACUGCUAUGUGGCAGCCAGCGCUUCCCCUCCCUCCCUGAACACCUGGAGACCUCCACAGAGGCGCAGGAGAUCCAGAGGCACGUCUCAGACCCUGUCCUGCCGGGCAGCUAGUCACCACAGUCAGUCACCACCGCCACCCAAAAGCCUGGUCUUUUGGACGGGACAGCCAUACGUUCCCCAUUUUGUUACUUCCUUCUUCCUACCUUAAAAUCUCCUCUGUCCUGUUCUGAUGCUGCUGUAGAGUGUGGGUUGCCUCGCCUUCCACGUCACUGGAGGUUCACGGUGCCUCCCGUUUCUUACUACAGACUCAACGGCGCCCCCGCAGGCUGCUGUGGUUUUGUGCUCCAGGGUCCCCUCACUCCCAAAGGUCCCGUGCAAUGAAGAGAUUAUUCCUGCCCAGCUGGGUUGGGAAAAAUAGUGAAAUACGAGUCGACAGCAAGCGCACAUACACGUAUUGUGCAUUCGCUGCGGACCGGAAGUUUCCAUGAAGAGAGGCGAAAUGUCAAGGACAAUUAAUACGUUUCACGUGUGAAGAAUUAUCUGCAUUCACGUUGUAUAAGAAUUGCACAUUUAGACUUGAGCGUAGAAAAAUGUAAUCAUUUCUUUGAAACUGAAAUUAUUUUCAUAAUAUUAGAGAUGUAUCGGCUACAUUAAGGGGCCAUACUUCUAGUAAAUAUAAUAACUACGAGUGUAUAAAGUUAUAGAUUCACUGUUGUUUUUGGUGUAAGCUAAAAAAAAAAAAUAUCAAGAGGCAUUUAUGGCACACUGUGAAGGAUGGCGGUGCGACAGAAAAUGGGAAGUGGCGUGUAAUUUUCAUCUCAUAUUUCUGACAUUUUGACACGAAUCAGCAUUACUCAGUAAAUGUGUCAUUGGAUCAUGACAAGGUAAUUCAACAUGUGCACAAUCAAGCAGAGCAGGAAAAUGUCAUAGUUUCUUGUACAUUUAUGUGUAGUUUUGUUUGGAUCAUGACUGCUUUGCUUGGUUUCCCCCCCCCACCUCCCCCCUGUUUCUGUGUCUGUAUAUCUGUUUUGUUCCACUCAAACACAUGUCAACUGUUUGUCAGAGUAUCAUGGUCACAUGGUUUCAUAAUGUACUGGAUGUGUUUAUCUGAAAAUGCCAACAAUAGAGGACUUCUCUCACAGUGGACAGACUGCCCUGAACAUGUAAAGCGAGAAAAAAAAAAAAAACUGCCGAAGGUUGUUUAACAUCAACUGAGUGACAAGUGAAGUGGAUGGUAACUGUCAAUCACAUGGCGGGCACAGACACGUCGUCUCAAGGCGUCCUUUGAUAAGAUGAUUUUACAGUUCCAACCACAAGGUGAAUGUAAUGACUUUUUAAGCAUUUAUAAUUCUGUAUAAUGUUUCUUGAAGCACAAAUUCCUGUUAUUUAUCUUUUUUUUCUUUUUUUUUUUUUAGAUUAAAGACACACAACAGA